AUGUCUAAACACGCAACACUCAUCAACCCUCCGAAAUCCCUCCCGCACCACUCCCCCAUCGAAAACGUCCUCUCCCUCCUCCCGCUAAUCGACAUCGGCCCAGACAUCUACACCAACGCCCGCCCACUCUGGCAUCCUCCUGGCGCAAGAGGAAUCUAUGGCGGCGCCGCAAUCGCCCAGUGCCUCUCUGCUGCACAAGCCACGAUUCCGCCCGAUUUCACGGUACAUAGCAUGCACUGUUACUUCGUGCUUGCCGGCAACAGCGAGAUUCCUAUCUUAUAUCAUGUGGAGAGAGUCCGAGAUGGAAAGAGCUUCAUUACACGGACUGUCCAAGCGCGACAGAGGGGGAAGUGUAUUUUCACAACGACAUUAAGUUUCAUGAAAGAGGGCUCAGGCGGGAAAGAGACUGUCGACCAUGCUAUCCGAAUGCCCACAGACGUCGUCCCUCCACCGGACGCGGACUCCGACCGCCAGAACGUGAGCGCGGACGACCGACCAUUUGAAUCCGUGCGCUGUCCCAUCACCAACCGCAGCGGACCGCCUUCCGAGCGCAAAUUGCGGCAAUGGAUCCGCGCUCGCGGUCGCAUAUCCGACUGUCCACCAAACGUCCGCGAAGAGGAACUGCAGUCCGGCCAGAGAGCGAACCGGCCAGGUGAUAACCAUCAAGCUCACUUAAGUGCGUUGGCAUACAUGAGUGAUUCGUACUUUAUCGGCACGGUUGCGCGGGUGCACAGUCUCCAACGCUUCGCCAACCGCCGCAACAUCGAGCGCACACUACGAACCUUCAAGGGCUCGGAAGAAGAGAAAAAAGAGAUGCGAAAGUACCUUGAAGACAUUGCCAAGGAGGAAGAGGAGGAACACGCCGACAUGGCCCAAAGUAGCAAGAGGGACGAACGCCGCAUUGGCAUGAUGGUGAGCUUGGACCAUACGAUCUUUUUCCAUAAUCCGAGGGCGUUCAGGGCAGACGAGUGGAUGUUGACGGAGAUGGAUAGUCCAUGGGCUGGCGAUGGGAGAGGGUUGGUUAUGCAGAGGAUGUGGAGUAAGGACGGGGUGUUAAUAGCGACCUGUGUGCAGGAGGGCGUUGUGAGAUUGAACCAGAACCCAACGGAUAGUAAGUUGUAG